AUGAAGCUGCUGCGGCUGAGGCUGCACCGCCAAGUGGGCUCCUGCCCGCUGCUGCAGCAGCCGGUGCUGCAGCAGCAGCAGCGGCAGCCGAAGCGGCAGCAGCAGCAGCAGCAGCCUCAGUUCUUCUUCGGGCGGCCCGCCGCUGCGCCGGUGUCCCGCAUCGCAGCGUCCGGCGGCUUGCAGCUGCAGCAGCAGCAGCUGCUGCAGCUGCAGCAGCAGCAGCAGCAGCAGCAGCGGCAGCGCGCUGGGCCGAGGUGUGCUGCACUGGCCUCUGCUGCUGCUGCCUUCUGUGUUGCAGCAGCAGGCAGCAGACGCGAAGUGAAGCUGGGGGAGCUGACGGACUUCCCAGAAGGCGGGCUUUACGAGGUCUCAGUCAAUGAAGGUAAGGACAAAGUGCUGGUGGCUCAUGUGGACGGCGCCUUCUACUGCACUUCCUCUUCGUGCCCUCACUACGGAGCCCCCUUGGCCAAAGGUGUGGCGACAGCUGACCACGUCACUUGUCCCUGGCACGACGCCAAGUUCGACUUGAAGACAGGAAAGUGCAUUGCAGGGCCUGUGACCCAGGGAAUUCAGACCUACCCCGUGCAGGUGAAAGGCUCUUCUCUCUUUGCUUCCUUGCCGGAGCGUCUCGAAGAACACGAGCACAGCAUCAGUUGCUGCAGGAGGCGAGAAACUCGACACCGCCGGCAGCGUAGACAGCAGCAGCAGCAGCAGCAGCAGCAGCAGCAGCAGCAGCAGCACUGCCUUUGGUGCUUUGUCUCCCUGUCACUUCAGGCUUUUAAAGACAAGACGUUCGUCGUUGUGGGCGGCGGCCCCGCAGCUUCUGCUGCUGUUGAAGAGCUGCGAGCUCAAGGGUUUGAAGGCCGGCUGGUGAUGAUAUCUAGAGAAAACGUCCCCCCUUACGACCGGGUCAUGCUGAGCAAGAAUUUGAAAUGCGAGCCCAACAACAUCUUGCUGCGGCCUGUGGACUUCUUAACGGACACUCUGAAGGUGGAGCUGCGGCUGGGAGAGACAGUCGAGGCUGUUGACGCUGACGCGAUGACUGUGAAGACUGACAAGGGCAACGUCAUCAACUACGACAAG